UGAAAAUAUUGGAAUGUUCAGACAUGGUGUUGAAUAAAGCAGUAAUAUCAUUUUCAAACUAUUUAUAAUAAACAGUGGUAUAAUCUAUUGCUGAUGAACAGAAAUUGUUGAUUUCAAGAUCAAGUUUAGCCUUAAGUAAAUCUGAAAGUUUGAUGAUCUGUUUUUUUAGUGAAUCUUUAUUCAAUGUGAUUUGGAGUUACGCAGAACUUAAUUGAG